AUGCAUUUCAAGUCGAUCCUUCUCUUCGUUGCAGCCUCGCUUCAGGUCGCAUCGGCCAAGAACUUCACCUGGACUGGGUCCAAUGAAGCUGGUGCUGAGUUCGGGGACAAAAAGCUCCCCGGGCGGCUGGGUUUUGACUACAUCUGGCCAACGAACGAGUCAAUUGAUACGCUUGCGAGGACUGGAAUGAACACCUUUCGAAUCCCAUUCAAGAUGGAGCGGCUCAUCCCGAAGAAUCUGAGCGGCCCCAUCAACGAGACAUAUUUUGAUGGUCUCCAGAAGACUGUCAAUCAUAUCACCGGCAAGUAUGUGUCAGUCACGCAAUACAUCUUUCUUAGCUCGUAUCUAACGCGUAGAUGCAGAGGCUUGUAUGCAGUCGUUGACCCUCACAACUACGGCCGCUACUACGGCAAGGUGAUCACGAAUGUGACGGGCUUCGGCGCGUGGUGGACCACUGUCGCGACCCGUUUCAAGAACAACAGGCUCGUCAUCUUCGACACCAACAACGAGUUUUACGGGAUGAGAAACGAGCUCGUCCGAGACCUGAAUCAGGUAGCCAUCAAUGCCAUUCGAGCCGCUGGCGCAAGGACCCAGUAUAUCUGGGUCGAGGGCAACUCCUGGAGCGGAGCCCACUCGUGGGUUUCAAGCGGCAACGGAGCGAGCCUUGUGAACUUAACUGACCCAUCGAAUCGCACUAUCUAUGAGAUGCAUCAGUAUCUCGACUCUGACAGCUCCGGAACAAGUAGCAUCUGCCAGUCUCCCACAGUGGGCAGGGACCGUCUAAGGGCUGCUACCGAGUGGCUUCGCAGGAACGGCAAGAAGGGAGUCAUCGGAGAGGUAGCUGCGGGCAACAACAGGAACUGCAAAAUUGCGAUCAGAGGCAUGCUGCAGUACCUGAAGGACAACUCGGAUGUCUGGACUGGCUGGGUCUGGUGGUCAGCUGGCCCCUGGUGGGGGAACUACAUGUUCAACAUGGAGCCCCCCAACGGAAUCGCUUAUAGGCAGCUACUUCCGGAGAUCAGGGCCUUCAUUGGCAUCUGA